AUGAUACGUUUAUUCGGCAUUAUCCUCCUUGCCAAUGUCGUUUGGGCAGUGGGCAUCACGAUGCCCAACGCAACUGGCGGAACUCGUUUGCGUGCCUGGAAUGCAGUAAAGAAGUUGACUGAUGAUCCGACCGCACUCCAGAAACUGUACUUUCAUAUUGCGGGUGUGGACGACCAGUAUGAAGACCAGUACCCUGCCAUGUCAGAAGACUCAUUAAUUGACCAAGUUACGUCAAUCUUGGGAGUGCACGAUACAGAUGCAGCUGCCCUCUUCCCAUGGCACUAUGCUCUCGAGACAGGGUUCAGCAUGGACACGUCGGACGAAAACUAUUUUAUCCUCAAUGGCAAACGAUUUUACUCCCCGGACGAUUUAUUCUACUUAAAAAGCACUGAUUUAUCCGCUCAAAACUCGAUUCCCAGAAACUCGUUUUUGAAUCCAGAGGAUGUCGUAAUAGGCGAAAACAGUAACGCCCCGGUUGUGCAAUUUUACGGGUGCGACAGAGUGGCGGAGUGGGAGGCCUUCAACCGUAACCUGCUUGUAGAGUCGCAAGCCGGGAAGUUAAGGUUUGUGUGGAGAAGUACGUGUCAGAACAACCUACCGCUGAAUAUCGAUCCUACUGCGAUAACAUUGACGAUCAAAGAUUCAACUGGAAAUACUCCUAUAAGUCUACCACUUGAUGUACCACCGGAGUUUGCCCGUCAAGAUGGCGUGUUCUACGCAAACCAGCUGGACGAAGUCUCAUUGAGUGAUCUUGAUAUGAAGGUUACAGCACUAAUAUGUGACUUUCAUGCAAGAACGAAUAAUUUUACAAAGACCUUAACCUUCAUGAGACAGGUUGUCAACAACUUUCCAGUUCUGACCAAGGAACUCUCAAGGCUGCCCGGUUCAUACGAACAAUUAGCCCAGGCUGCAGACUUUACCGCUGAACAAGGGAUUGAUCACAGCAUGUUGGGACUUUACAUCAAUGGCCAAUACCACAAACUGUCUAGUCUAGAUGAGGGAUCCGUAACGCGCGCAAUCACUUUGGAACUUCAGCAAAUUCACUUAUUGAGUACAUUGUUGCGCCAAUAUGAAAACGUUAGUGAUAGAGACUCCAUUCACUUGGCGAAAAAGGUACUAGGCACCUUUUCAUCUCUUUCUUUGAAGACAUUGCAAAAUUCUCAGCCAGUAAAAUACGAUCUACACCGCAUUGCAGGAUUCUCAGAGAGCGUUGUGUACUUUAAUGAUAUCGAAAAUGAUCCACAAUACAAGGAAGGACUCACUGACAACAUUGGUGAAUUUUUUAAGCAGUCUGAAUAUGGCCAGCUGCCUGCAUACAGAGAGAAUUGGAAUGAGGUAGUGUUUGUAAUAAAUUUCUCUGACUUAGAGUCGAGGGAUACUUCUGAAGCAUUGAAGGGCCUUUUGCGUGCAGCUGAAGUUGUUAGUAACGGGCAUCCUCAAAGAAUUGGACUUUUGCCGUUCGCCACUGACGAUUUCGGUAUGGAGCUGGUACAAAAAAUUUACGAAACCAAAAGAGAUGGCCUUGAGCAUGUUUCGAGCUAUCUUAAGCAUAUUGCUGAAUCUGAAAGUCCCCACGGCUGUACUUUUGGUCCAAUCCCUCCUGUGUUGGAUAUAUUGGAAGCAAAACUAAAAAUCUCAGACACCUCAAUCAUUGUGAAUGGUGAGAUUUAUCCAUUCAAAAGCAAUUUAUGGAACUAUUUGAUUGCCAAAGUUAUAAAAAAAGAUGUAUCACACAUUAAAGAUGAGCUGCGUGCGAUUAACUCGGCAGAUGCCUUAACGGCCAGAGAAAUUCUACACAAAAAAUCAUUCGCUGAGAGAAAUUUGAAGCUUUUACCGGAUUACUUCGAGGAUUCAACUUACUUUGCGUCUGAUGUGAGGGUUCUUGAAAGCCUUGGCUCGCGCAAGCUAGAGUUAAUGAAGAGCCACAGUCAUAAGCCGUUGCACACUAUCACUAUUGUAGAUGACUUCGAUACACGCACAGGAUUGGAAAGGCUUAUCAACUUUCUAAGAAUUGAGCUUCUUGGUGUAAGACUUAGAAUUAUACACGCUGGUGUUGACAGUAAACAGUGGAAAAGGGUGAGAUCAUUGGCGGAAAAGUUCGAAAUGGUUAAGCUCGAAAAAACUCUGCCCAAGAUCAAAUUAAAUGACGCUGCCAAUCUUGUUGACCAUUCGAUCAUAAACAAGUGGCUACCAGAACUUCCUUACGAUAGUCAAUAUAGGACUUCUUUUGUGACACUCAAUGGCAGAUACUUUCACCUAGAGAAAGAUGAGAUUCUCACGUCUGGGGAUUACGAGAUGGUACUUCAACGUGAAGCAGUGAGAAUUUUUGACGCAGCUCGCGCUUUACAGGAAGUGUUUCCCGAGUUUCUCAAAUCAGAUGUGAACCCCGAUUUCGUAGAAAUGGUAUCAGGAAUUUUAGCAGCGAUGUUUUACAGUGGUCAGAAUACGCACAGCGGAAUAGAUUUUACUGCGGAGAGUACUAUCUCGAGACUUAAUCUGGGCGAGUUCAUUGACGUCAACGCCUACAACACUUUGCAGAUUUCUAAUGACGACCGUAAGGUGGAUGUUGUUUUGAUCAUUGACGUUUUGGAGGAACGUACACAAAAGCUUUUGAAUUUGGCUUCUAAACUAACACGAUUAGGUUUCGUAAAUGUUCAAAUUCAUCUUUUACCCACAAAGGACCUGAAGGUCUUUCCCAUCCACAGAAUAUGGCAAGACACACCUUUAGACUUUGUUUCUGACAGUUCAUCGAGUUACUACGUUGAUAUUGAAUCCCCUUCACACUGGCAUCUAGAAUUGGAAGCUAAUGGGAACAUUGACUUUAGCUAUAUGCUCUUGGAGGUUAAUGCAUUUGAAACAUCUGAAGUUCCUUCAAAAACUCUUGUAGAAGGACAAGGUAAUGUCUGCCUUCAGUUGCUUGAUAGUGACAAUGUUGUGCUUGAUACAACAUUUACGUCGGAAACAUUUGGGUACGCUCAAUUUAAAAUUAAAAAUUUUGGAAGAGGCUACAAAAUUCAGAGUUGCUCGAGUGAUUAUGAGGUGAGCUCUUUCUCGUUGAUUGCCAAAUCUGAUUAUGUUCCUGUUGAUGUCAUGAGUCUGACGGAUCUUUCACCAUCGCGAGCAUACGUCAAGCUUCAAAAAUCACACAACGAUAAACAACCAUCAAGAACAAAUUACCUUAACACGAUCAAUGUACUCUACAUCAUUGAAAGCCAGAAGCAUGAAGAUAACUUCAAGCUUUUGGUGGCAAAUUUACUAGAAUCGAACCCGAAUCAGGAGGUAAAAUUUUGGUUGCUUAUGGGGGAAAAUCCUACUUCUGCUUUUAAGCCGUUCUUGACGUUUCUAACGAAUAUCCAGGGCAAAAUUAGCUUUGAAUAUUUAUCCUACGAUUGGCCACGUUGGCUGCGCCCACAAAGAUUUAGAGGUCAGGAACUCUCUGCAGCCAAGGUGUUGCUAUUAGAUUUCCUACUGCCAUCGAGUGUGCACAAAAUACUCUACAUAGGCCCGGAAGCCAGGUUAGAUAACCUGGAGAAUCUCUGGAACUUUGAGUUUGACACAGUCUUUUGUUUGCCUCGUGCUUACCACUCUGGUGGAACACCCUAUUGGAAGGAGGGCUAUUGGUUAAACUUUCUCAAAAAGCACAACCUGAAAUUCCAUUCGGUUGAACCAGCAUUUAUUGUGAACCUCGCAAAAUAUCGAAACGACCAUGCUGGAGACAAGCUUCGCAUUCACUACCAGCGCCUUUCGGCUGGAAUCAACUUUUUAGGGAAGCUUGAUCAGGAUUUGAUCAAUGAUAUGCAGCCGAGCCUUCCAAUAUCGACUUUGAAAGGUCGCUUAGUUGCAAAAGUUCCUGUGGAAGAACAGUUUUCUAACAAAUUACUUGAAAUUUAUGAACGAAAAUACCUGAGUGAAAAGGUGACUCCUCAGUCGACCAUGGCCUCUAUAAGUCACGAUGAGUUAUGA